UGUCACUACAGGGCCAAGAAGCAAACCAUGGGACACCACACUUCUGGGAUCUGGGUAUGGUUGGCCUUGACACUUUCCAUCUCAAGUGCCUAUGACAUUAUUCCAGGUAGACCCAUCGACCACACUAAGUCUAUCUGCAGUUCAUGGGGAAACUUCAAUUACAAGACAUUUGAUGGAGUUAUCUAUCAGUUUCCUGGUACCUGCAACUAUAAUUUGGCUACAGACUGUGGAGACUCCUAUCGUGAAUUUUCUGUCCAUAUCAAGCGUUCCACUGAGAAUGGCAGCCCUGUCAUUCACCAGAUCCUAAUGCAAAUCAAGGACGUUACCGUUGAACUGAAGAGAGAUGACCAGACGGUGAAUGGGGUCACUUUUGAGACCCCUUACUUCAACUAUGGAAUUCUCAUAAAUGAGAAGGAUGGGUACUUAAAGGUGGACACAAAAAUUGGCCUGACCCUCACAUUUAACAAUGAAGAUUCAGUUAUGUUAGAGCUGGAUGCCAGUUAUAAAGGCAAGCUGUGUGGACUCUGCGGGGAUUACAAUGGCAUGCCUGUCAGUAAUGAAUUCUAUAUGAAUGAUAUGGCACUCACCCCUCUCCAGUUUGGAAAUAUGCAAAACAUCAACGAUCCAACUAUUACCUGCUCAAAUGUAGAUGAGACCCAGCAACUGAAUGUUUCCAACUGUAGGCAAUAUUACUCAGUGUGCAAGAGUUAUCUCAGCCAAAGUGCUUUUUCAACAUGCCAAGAUCUUCUCGAUGUAUCAGAUUACAUUAUGGCCUGCAUGCUUGAUGUGUGCUCCUGUAGCAGUGCCGAUGUCUCAUGUCUAUGCAGUACAUUAACUGAGUUUUCAAGGCAAUGCACUCAUGCAGGAGGGAGUCCAGAGAACUGGAGAACUAAUACCCUUUGUCCUAAACAGUGCCCAGGGAACAUGGUAUAUAAGGAGAGUGGAUCCCCGUGCAUAAGUUCAUGUUCUCAUCGAGAAGUAAAAAGCCUUUGUGAGGAACAUGAUGUAGAUGGCUGUUUCUGUCCAGAUGGCAUGGUGUGGGACGAUUACAAUAAUACAGGCUGCAUUUCAACAAGUGACUGUUCUUGCAAGUUUCAAAAUCAAAUUUAUGCUCCAGGAUCAAUGAUUAAAAAUGAUUGCGAUGAAUGCUCAUGUAAUGCAGGAAAAUGGAUCUGCGCAGGCGGAACAUGCCCCAAAGUUUGUUCCAUUGAAGGAGGAGCUCAUUUCCGAACAUUUGAUGGGAAGCUGUUUAAUUUCCAUGGAAGCUGUUACUAUUUGUUAUCUAAGAUCAAUUUAAACAGAAAUGAGACCCACACAAUUGCAGCUGAGCUCACUUCAUGCAAUGCUUAUUCACGGGAGACUUGUCUAAAGACCAUCAAGUACUACAUGGAUGACAAAAAUGUUGUGUCCAUCAGAGCUGAUGGAUCUGUUUUAUUAAAUGAUCUCCAAGUAAGCAUCCCUCAUGUUACAGGAAGUUUUUCAGUUGUGCAGCCCUCUGCCACAUUUGUCAUUUUGGAGACAGAAUUUGGUCUACAAAUGCAAAUUCAGUUCCUACCAUUGAUGCAGGUAUAUAUUACCAUGGAUAAUUCAGAGAAGAAUAUGUUUGAAGGUCUUUGCGGUAACUUUAAUUACAUGGAAGGAGAUGACUUUAAAACAUCUGGAGGUAUAGAAGAAGCAACAGCAUCAGCUUUUGCCAACACCUGGAAAAUGCAGUCUACCUGCCAAGACUCAGUAGAAAUGUUUUCAGAUCCAUGCAGCCUCAGCGUUGAAACAAAGACCUAUGCUGAUUUCUGGUGUGCUAAAUUAAAAGAUCCACUGUCUCCUUUUGCAAAAUGCCAUUCUGCAGUAAAUCCAGACGAAUAUGUUAAGAGGUGUGAGUAUGAUACUUGCAGCUGUAGUCGUAGUGACGUCUGUAUGUGUGCAACACUGUCCUCAUAUGCCAGGGCCUGUGCGGCAAAAGGAAUUAUCUUGUGGGGCUGGAGGAAUGGAACUUGCGAAAAUGACAUUCCCAGCUGCCUAUCCACUCAGAUAUAUUUGUAUAACAUCAGUACUUGUCAGCCUACUUGCCGCUCCCGGGCACUUGGAGAAAAUGACUGUGACAGUGAAUUCAUCCCAACUGAUGGCUGUGGGUGUCCAAAUGGAAUGUAUCUCAAUGAAAGACAGAAAUGUGUUUCCCUAUCGGAGUGUUCCUGCUACUACCAAGGAAUGUAUCUUAGACCAUAUGAGGUUUUCUACAGAAGAGAUGAGCGCUGUUCCUGUAGUGAAGGAAAACUUCUCUGCACUAGUUUUUCCAACGACACUUGUCCCUUUGGAAAAGUUUUCUUUGACUGCAGCUUGGUGCAGAAAGGAGAUCCCAUUCCACAGCACAGGAGCUGUCGUACUCUGAGUAUUGGACCUUUACUUCCAGAAUGCGUCUCAGGAUGUGUGUGCCCUGAUGGACUGCUUGAUGAUGGCAAUGGAGGCUGUGUUCUUGAGAGUUACUGCCCAUGCACAUAUAAUAAUGAAGUGUUUCCUCAUGGAUCUACCCUCAAUGAAGAAUGCAAAUACUGCACAUGUGAGAGUGGGCUUUGGUCAUGCAUACAAACUCCUUGUUAUGGAACAUGUAACAUCUAUGGAAGUGGGCAUUACAUUACCUUUGACAAGAAAUUCUAUGACUUUGAUGGAAGUUGUGAAUUUGUAGUUGCCCAGGACUAUUGCGGGGCUAGUGCAUCUAAUGGUACCUUUAGAAUUAUCACAGAGAAUAUCCCAUGUGGCACCACUGGAGUAACAUGUUCAAAGUCUAUCAAGAUAUAUCUAGGGAGUACUGAAUUGAAACUGGCUGAUGAGCACUUGGAAGAAUCCUUAGGGGAUCCUGCAAAAAAAAUAGCAUAUAGGACCCGUGAAGUGGGCCUUUACCUCAUCAUUUCUGCAAGCAAUGAUAUUUUCCUUAUUUGGGACAGGAAAACAUCUUUAUUAGUCAGACUGUCAUCUUCAUACAAGGGCAAAGUUUGUGGCCUGUGUGGAAAUUAUGAUGAUAAUGCCAACAAUGACUUCCUGACCAGCCAGUUCAUACAAACUAGCAAUGUAAUGGACUUUGGAAACAGCUGGAAGCUUAGUAAUACUUGUCCUAAUGCUUUAAGUCUUCCCCAGCCAUGCCUGUCAGCACCUCACCGUAGAUCAUGGGCUGAUAAGAAGUGUGACAUUAUCAACAGCAAUGUUUUCCUAAGCUGUCACGGCAAGGUGGAUCCAAAACCCUUCUAUGACUCUUGUGUAAAUGAUGUCUGCUCCUGUGAUACUGGUGGAGACUGCGAGUGCUUCUGCACUGCUGUGGCUGCCUACGCUCAACUCUGCUCUAAAGUAGAUGUCUGCAUUCACUGGCGAACACCAGACAUUUGUCCAAUAUUCUGUGACUACUAUAACACCGAAGAGGAUGAAUGUAUGUGGCACUACUUUGCUUGUGGUCCAGAUGAUAGCAGAAACUACCACAUCACCAAGUUCUGUCACUCACCACCUGUCACACACUUGGAAGGUUGUUACCCAACUUGUCCACCUGAACGUCCUUACUAUGAUGAAAUUACAAAAAAAUGUGUCCCACAAUGUCCCUGCUUUAUCAGGAACAAAACCUACAACUAUGGUGAGCAAAUACCUACUGGUGACCCCUGCCGAUUAUGCAUGUGUGAUAAGUAUGGAAGAGAGAGUUGUAUAGAUAGAGGUUGCUGCUCUGUGGAUAGAACCAGACCAUGGGUUUUUACAACAUCAUAUCCACCAGAUGUCACAAAUACUGAUAUUACACCAAAUACUAUCACAACAACAUAUCACCCUAAUGGCGAAGAUACUAGCACAACAACAUAUCACCCUGAUGGCAAGGUUACUACCAUAACAACAACAACUCACCCAGAUGGCAAGGAAACGACCACAACAACAUAUAGUCCUGAUGGCAAGGUUACAACCACAACAUCUCACUAUGAUGGCAAGGAUACUACAACAACAUACCAUCCUGAUGGCAAGGUAACUACAACAACAACUCCCCCUGAAGGCAAGGAUACUACCACAACAACAUAUCACCCUGAUGGCAAGGUUACUACCACAACAACAACAACUAACCCUGAUGGCAAGGAUACUACCACAACAACAUAUCACCCUGAUGGCAAGGUUACUACCACAACAACAACAACUAACCCUGAUGGCAAGGAUACUACCACAACAACAUAUCACCCUGAUGGCAAGGUUACUACCACAACAACAACAAUUAACCCUGAUGGCAAGGAUACUACCACAACAGCAACAUAUCACCGUGAUAGCAAUACCACAAUUCCAGGAGUAACACCAUACUCAGAUAUCACUAAUACGGCCACAGAUAGGAUCAAUACUGACACAGCAACAACAAAAUAUACACCAGAUUCUAUUGUUUCUACAUACAGUUCACCAGUACUCUGUGGUCAAACUAUAUGUAAAAAUGGAACAAUAAUUCAAACCACCACACUUUGCUCAUACCCAACUACCACUCCCACAACGACUGUUACCACUACCGCAACCACCACAACAACUCCACCAACAACCACAACCACCACAACAACUCCACCAACAACAACAACUUCUGUGACAACAACUCCUCCAACCACUUCACAUACCACAGUGUGUUCCUGUUUUUACAAUGGAACCGACAAGCAAGUAAACAGAGAACUUAUUGCAGGUCAGGAAAUAACUAGAAGUUCAGUUCUUGGAAAAUGCUACCGUGUUGUAUGUGACAUAACUUGUAGUGAUAAGGAAAUACCUGCAAUUGAGAUACCUUGUGAAACAACAACACCACCAACUACAACACCACCAACUACAACAACAACUACUACAACACCACCAACUACAACAACAACUACAACACCACCAACUACAACAACUACAACACCACCAACUACAACAACCACAACAACCACAACACCACCAACUACAACAACCACAGAGACCACAACAACUACAGAACCACCAACUUCAACAACCACAACAACUACAACACCAAUAACUGCAACAACUACAACACCAACAACAACCACAAGCAUAACAACUACAACGACGACAACAUCAACCACACCAACUACAACAAAAACAACUACAUCAACUACCACCCCAACAACUACAACCCCAACAACUACAUCAACUACAACCCCAACAACUACAAAAACUACAACUCCAACAACUACAAAAACAACAACAAAAUCAACAACAGUCACUACAAUCAGUACAACUACUCCUUGUGUGCCCUAUACAAACUGGCAGAUUUGUAACUGCACCAAAGCAGUAUGCAAUUCAGCAGGUCAGCUACAGAUUGUUCAAAAAGGCUGCACGCCUCCACCACCAAUCACAUGUGCCAAUAAAAUGGCUCCACUUGCCGUCCAGGAUGAUGACUUGUGUUGCUGGCAUUGGGAGUGUCCAUGUAUGUGUGCUGGCUGGGGUGAUCCUCAUUAUCUUACCUUUGAUGGAACCUAUUAUACAUAUCAAGGAAACUGCACCUACGUUCUUGUUGAAGAAAUUGUGAAAACUGUUGAUAACUUUGGCAUUUACCUUGACAAUUAUGACUGUGGAGAUAGAACUGGUAUUAGCUGCCCCCGCAAUCUUACUAUACGACAUGAAACUCAGGAAGUCCUAAUAUCACCUAAAACAUUUACUCCAAUAAGCUUAGAGACUCGUGUAAAUGGAAAUCUUGUAUUGCUUCCAUACACAAAAUAUGGAGUGAAACUUUACAAAUCUGGAGUAAACUUUGUGGUUGAAAUACCAGAGCUGAAGACCAACAUCACUUAUAAUGGCAUGACCUUCACUAUAAAGAUGCCAUUUGGAAAGUUUUUUAACAACACACAAGGACAAUGUGGUACUUGCAACAACAACCAAGCUGAUGAUUGUUUGAUCUCUAAUGGUACAGUCACAAGUAACUGUGUAGCUAUGGCUGAUUCUUAUAUUGUGAAUGACCCAGUCAAACCUUCAUGCAAGAGCAGCCGUACAAUUCCCCCACCAGUUACAGCUUCAUGCAAAUCUUCUCUCUGUGAUAUCAUCAUGGGACCGGUUUUCCAAAAAUGCCAUGCAUUCCAGCCACCAGAACCUUUCUACCAAGCCUGCCUUUAUGACAGCUGCAAUGUGGCCAACUCAAACAUUGAAUGUACAAGUUUACAGCAUUAUGCGUCAAUCUGCGGUGAUCGUGGUGUCUGUAUUCAGUGGAGGAGCCAGGCACCGGCUUGUCCAAUUACUUGUCCUUCUAACAAAGUAUAUAACGCCUGUGGCCCGGCUAUCCCUACAACCUGCCAAACGACACCAACAGAUGCCACAGCACUGAAAAAUGACAGACGUGUGGUGGAAGGAUGUUUCUGUCCCAGCAGCACUAUGCCAUUUAGUGCAGCAAUUGAUGUCUGUGUAAGCAAUUGUGGGUGUGUGGGGCCAGACAACAUCCCCCGCCAGUAUGGAGAAAACUUUGAGUUUAACUGUGAGACAUGCGUCUGUUUGGAGGGUGGUCGUGGAAUAACCUGCCAAAAAAUAGGGUGUUCUAAUGUAAGAAAUGAAGUGUGCACUCUGGAAGGCUUCUACUCAGUAACUCAACCAAGCGCUACAAACAAAUGUUGCAAUGAAACUAUAUGCAGAUGUGACCCAAGUCGGUGUUCUAAUGACUUCCCUGUAUGUGGACCUGGAUAUGAAAUUGUGGGCGGUGUUGAUGCAGGGCAUUGCUGUCCUACUUAUGUUUGUCAACAAAAACAAGUUUGCGUUAGUGGAAAUGCUGAAUACAUGCCUGGGUCUCAGGUUUACACAGAGAACUGUGAGGAAUGUGUCUGUUCUCAAAAUGGAAAUAACUUGACAAUAAGCUGCAGCCCAGUUGCCUGCAAUGUCAAGUGUGCAACUGGUUUUGAGGUGAGGAAAAAUUCCCCAUCUGACUGCUGUGGUGUCUGUCAACAAACCAGCUGUGUUGUGAAUUAUGAUGGCACCUACCGGCUAAUGAAUCCCGGAGAUGUACUGCCUUCUAUGAGUGAUAACUGCACAGUGUACAAAUGCUCAUUAAUCAAUGGUCAGUUCAUCACCACUGUUUCUCAGAUCUCCUGCCCCUCAUUGUAUGAAGAGGACUGUGAGGCUGGAAGCAUGCAGUUAUUGCCCAAUGGAUGCUGUAAAACAUGCAUCCCAAGGAACAGCUCCUGCAAGGUACAAUUAUUUGAUGAUUAUUUGACCUCCAAAGGCUGCACUUCUCUUCAGAGGAUCCGAAUGUCUCGUUGUGAAGGAACCUGUGGAACCUUUUCCAUGUACUCUGUUGAUGCACAAACUAUGUCCCAUAAGUGUUCUUGUUGCCAAGAGGUUAGCACAACCAAAAAUAAAAUCAAGCUGCAGUGCACCGAUGGAAGUUUAAUUGAUCACGAGUACAUCGAUGUGAACGAGUGUCAGUGUACUGGAACUAAAUGUGCAGAUGGAACUGUAUAGUCUCGUGUUUAAAUCAUUUCAAUACAAAAGAAAAAAAAAUUCAAUAGAAAAAGUAGUAUUGUAUAACAAUCAUUUUUGGUAAUUUGUAUGACCUAUAUCUUUGAAUCUUCAAAAUAAAGCACUUUCAGAUAAAAUGCUAA